UAUAAUUCUAACUCAUCACUUCUUACGUCAUGUACUGUACAACAGACACAGCUGCGAUUCAUAUCCUGUCCGGCCUCCUUAGCGACGGGAGCAACACCGCGGCCGCCACCACCACCGCUCAACAGCACCUCCGCCACUUCUCCAACCCAAAACUGCAUCCAAAACCGGCGCUCAUCCCUCCGCCCUCCCAGAUUGCCCUCCUUGCGACCCUCAUUGUCCACCCCUCAUUUACCUCCCGCGCCCCGGAGAUCAGCAACGUCCACGCUGCCUCGCUCGCGCACUCUUACCUGCGAGGCUUGUUGAGCACAGUGGGGCCGGUCAACGCCAACAUGCGCGCGGCAUUCGAGUUUCGGAGUACCACCUCGACCACCCAUCAUCAUCGCCGGUACCGUCACCGUCACCACCAUGACUACGGCGGCAACAGCAACAAGGCUAUCACCACCGCCACCACCGCCACCACUGCCGCCGCCUUCUCAUCUUCAUCAUCCACCUCCUCGGACGACGACGAGAGCGACGCGGCGCUGACGGGGCCCUUGGCCCGCUCGCAGAUUCUGUUUCGGCGCGCGCCGGACUUCUGGGCCGUGCUGGGCUGGUGCUUCCGGUGCGCGGCCGAGCACCCGCACACGCGUUGGCGGCACUGGCGCGUCUGGCUCGACCUGAUGGUCGCCGUGCUCGAGGCCGACCUGGACGAGCGGCUGGCGCGGGACGACCGCGAGCUCGAGGGCGGCGGCAGCUCCUCGUGCUACCCGAUGCUGGCCGGCAGCAUCGUGGUCGGGUACCUGGAGGGCCUCACGCGGGAGAGGAGGAGCGGCGGGGUGCGCGAGGUGCUGAGGGCGCUGUUUGCCUUCAGCGACGGCGAGGUCAACGGGGCGUCGGACCGGGCCGUGUUCCGGGAGGUCUUUGAGAGGGAGACGGUGGUGGGCAGGCCGGCGUCCGGGACGCACAGUAAGAGGAAGAGGGGGGAGGACGCGGUGGUGGAUCUGGAGAAUGACCGGUUCGGGGAUUAUCUGGACGGGGAGGACGAGUUCGACCUCGAGCUUGAGCCCGGGGAUGAUGAAGGACGAGGAGAGCGGGGGGCAGAAGGAGGAGGAGGAGGGGCGAUCCCGACGCCGCCGGCCUCCAAGCGGAAGAACAGCAAGCCAGGGAGGAAACCAAAGGGGGAAGGGACGCCGUCCUUCACCCUCACGGACGCCAUCGCCGAGACGGUGCCCUUCCGGCUGCGCAUCUUCCGGCUCCUCUCGGCCGUGUCGUACUACCUCCCCGACGCCUUCACGCCCGUCGACGAACUCUACGAGAGGUUCACCGACCACGUGCGGGCCCUGCCGCUGCCCAUGUUCCGCCUCUUUGUCGAGUCCCACCCGUCCGCCCUACCCGAGGACGUGCAGGUGUCGGUCCUGCGGGCGGUCGUCGAGGAUCUGCUGCCGCCGCACCACCGCCCGGAGCCGACCGACGUCGACCCGGAGAGCGCCGCGGGGACGGGCGUGACCGUGCCCGUGCUGCUGCGGUGCCUCCUGCCGUUCGCGGCCGGCAAGGUCACGGCCGAGGACAACGCCAAGCUGUCACUCGCGCUCGAGAGCAUGGCCUGGUUCGUCUACGCGCGGAUCGGGAUCGACUACUCGCCGGAGCUGCGCCGGGCCGUCGAGAAGGGGAUCAAGGCGAGGGAGGACAGGAUCAAGACCGGCGGCCGGUGGGGCAGGGGCGGCGCCGCCGCCGGCGGGAAGAACGGUAGUAGCCCGGCGGAUAAGGCGGCCAGGGAGGUGCUGGCGAGGUCGGCGCGCAACUUGAGGACGCUGGUUGAUGUGAUUGCUGCCGCGUCCAGGCAGUGAUUUCGUUUUCGUGCUUUUUUGCUUAUUUGUUGAGGUGUUGGCGGCGUGUCGGUUCGUCGGGUUCGUCUGUUUGGUCGGUUUGGUCGGUUUGGUCGGUUGCUGGGGACUACAUUUUGGAAUUUUGAUACCCGUCCUUGGCCCUUUUGCGCUCAUGACACGGAUUGCAUUAACAGUCACUGGUAUUACUCGGUCGGUGGUUAUCCAACGUUUGACGCGGCUGGGAUUCGCAUGUUGAUUUGUUGCCCCUCGGC